AUGGCCUGGGAAAAUCUGACAUUCAACUCUGACUUCAUCCUCAUGGGAAUCUUUGAUCACAGCCCCACCCACACCUUCCUCUUCACCCUGGUUCUGGCCAUCUUCACCGUGGCCUGCGUGGGGAACACAGCUGUGGUUCUGCUCAUCUACCUGGAUGCCCAGCUGCACACAUCCAUGUACUUCCUCCUCAGCCAGCUCUCCCUCAUGGACCUCAUGCUCAUCUGCACCAUUGUCCCUAAAAUGGCUGUCAACUUCCUGUCUGGCAAGAAGUCCAUCUCUCUGGCAGGCUGUGGAGCCCAGAUCUUCUUCCAUGUGUCCCUGCUUGGAGCUGAGUGUUUUCUACUGCCUGCGUUGGCCUAUGACCGCUAUGCUGCCAUUUGCCAGCCUCUAAGGUACCCAGUCCUCAUGAGCCAGAAAAUCUGUGGCCUCAUGGCAGCUUCCUCCUGGAUUCUUGGCUCUAGUGAUGGAAUAAUUGAUGUUGCAGUCACACUGACUUUCUCCUACUGUGGGUCCCGGGAAAUACCCCACUUUUUCUGUGAUGUCCCUGUCUUAUUCACUAUCUCAUGCACGGACACCAAGACAUUUGAAAGGAUGAUAUUUCUCUGCUGUGUGAUUAUGCUUGUCUUCCCCAUAGCAAUCAUCAUUGCUUCCUACACUCGUGUUAUUCUGGCUGUCAUCCUCAUGGGAUCUGGGGAAAGUCACCACAAAGCUUUUUCCACCUGCUCCUCCCACCUCAUGGUGGUGGGCAUGUACUAUGGAGCAGCGAUGUUCAUCUACAUGAGGCCCAUGUCUGAGUGGUCCCCAACCAGGGACAAAAUGGUGUCUGCCUUCUACACCAUCCUAACACCCAUGCUAAAUCCCCUCAUCUACAGCCUGCGCAACAGAGAGGUCAGCAGAGCCUUCCUGAAGGUUUUAGGGAAGGGAAAAGCUGCAGAAUAAAUGGCCUAAUUAUUAUUGCUAUAGAAUCUGUUACUGAUUAACUGUUAAUAUUUAACUGACAAAAUUCAACAUAAAACUUACUAAUAGUCUUUACGAAAGUGUUCUAGUUUACACAAAAAGCCUUAAA